AUGUCCCGCCUCGCUGUGAUCCUCGCCGGCGCGGCGCUGCUUGUCCUCGUUCGGGCUGGUGCUGCGCAUGACCACCAGUCCAGCAUGCAGCAGUUCUUUGACAAGUUGUUCCCGUUCGAGAGCCCUGCGUAUAACUCGAUCCUCGCCACGUUCUACAUCUCCUCCGUACCCAACUUCAUCCUCCUCGCCGUCCCUGCCGACCUCGAGCCCAGCAGCCUCAACACCAUGAUCGCCUUCGCGACUGGCGGUCUGCUGGGCGACGUCUUCCUCCACCUCGUCCCCCACGCGUUCUUCGGGGAGCACACAGACGGUGCGGUGAAGGUCGAUGAGAAAAGGAACAUUGUCAUUGGCGGCGCUAUAUUCCUUGGUUUUGCGGCCUUCUUCGUUCUCGACAAGACGAUGCGCGUGCUGUCCCACGCGUCCGGCGGCGACGGCGACGGCCACUCGCACUCGCACUCUCACUCUCACGGUCACAGCCACGGCUCGUCGAGCUCGGUCGCCAAGUCCGAGGGUGAGCUGCGGAAGCGCAAGAACGGCGACGUCAAGGAGGUCAUUGUCGAGGAGAAGGAGGAAAAGAAGCAGCCGAACGCCUCGCUCCGCCUCUCUGCCUACCUCAACCUCUUUGGCGACUUUACGCACAACAUCACGGACGGUCUUGCCAUGGCAGCCUCAUUCUACUCGUCUCCCGCUCUCGGUGCGGUGACCACCAUUGCGACGUUCUGCCACGAGAUCCCGCACGAGGUCGCCGACUACUCAAUCCUCAUCAAGUCUGGAUUCACAAAGUACCAGGCGAUGGGGUCGCAGUUCUUCACGGCGGUUGGCGCAUUCGUUGGUACCUUCCUGGGCAUCUGGAUUGCGGAGACGGCAGGUGUCAACAACGAUACAGUCAUCAAGCCAGGCGACGGGAUCUUCGGUACCACGGCCACUGGCGCCGAGCUUGUUAUUCCCAUGACGGCUGGCGGCUUCCUCUACAUCGCGAGCGUGAGCGUCAUCCCUGAGCUGCUCGAGGAGUCGCGAAGCGCCAAGCAGGCGCUCAAGGAAUACGCCGCGAUGGCCUUUGGUGUGUUCUGCAUGGCUGUAAUCGCUUGGAACGAGUAA